AAGCCACCUCAAAUAGCUUACGUGGACAUGACCUUCCUCACUUUUGCCCCCCUUUCCCUCAUCAACUGCCAUAAACGAACUCAAUCUCAACCGAACCAGUUCAUCAUAUACUUCAAAUACCCAAAGAUGAAGCCAAUUAUGGAGAUCGGUUAUAAAUUGCAUCACUGUUUUUGAUCCAACACCCGCAUUAUACUACCCGGAACCUUGUCUUUAAUUGCAGUCUUAAAAAGGCGAUGAAUCCGUUUGUACCGGAAGGCUAUGAUCAACAACCACCGCAACCAAUGGAGGGGUUACACGAAGUUGGUCCACCUCCGUUUCUGACCAAGACAUUUGAGAUGGUUGAUGAUCCAAACACAGACCAGAUCGUAUCUUGGAACAGAGGAGGCACUAGUUUUGUCGUUUGGGAUUUGUAUUCUUUCUCUACGAUUCUUCUCCCUCGACACUUCAAACACUGCAAUUUCUCAAGUUUCAUCAGACAACUCAAUACUUAUGGUUUCAGAAAGAUAGAAGCUGAGAGAUGGGAAUUUGCAAACGAAGGGUUCUUGGUGGGACAAAGACAGUUACUGAAAAACAUCAAGAGAAGAACCACUUUCACCACUUCAUCAUCAUCAUCAUCAACUCCAUCAAGCCAUGACGCUGCUUGCAACGAGCUCCGCAGGGAGAAGCAGGUGCUAAUGAUGGAGCUGAUGAGUUUGAGACAGCAGCACCAGACCACGAAAAGCUACGUCAAAGCUAUGGAACAGAGGAUAGAAGGUGCAGAGAUGAAACAGAGGCAGAUGAUGUCGUUCUUGGCUAGAGCAAUGCAGAGCCCUUCGUUUCUGCAUCAGCUGCUCAAACAGAGGGAUAAGAGGAUUAAAGAGAUCGAGGAUGAGACAGCAAAGAGGAAAAGAGGUUCUUCUUCGGUGUCGGAACUGGAGGCUCUGGCUCUGGAGAUGCAAGGCUAUGGGAAACAGAGGAUUAUGUUGGAAGAAGAUGAUCAUCAUUUAGUGGUAGAGAGAGAGUUGGAUGAUGGUUUCUGGGAAGAGCUGCUUAGUGACGAGAGUUUGGCUUCUACUUCCUAACUAGAUGGAUCCUUUUGGUUUUAGUUGUACUUUUGAAGCUCACUUUCUUCUUUCACAAGAACCUUGUUUUUAUUGUUUUGUUUUUGUUUUGUCUUAUGUUAUUUUACAAUAAUUUGUUAUCAAUAAUUAGUAAUUUAGUAGUGUAAACUAGUAAACGGUAAUGAUUAUUUUAUUUAUGUAUACAAUGUGAUAAAUAUGAUUGUCAUUAACUUUAAUGUCAUUGACAAUACUAUGGAUUGGAUCCUGAAGUGAACCCUGGGCCAUGUAGUGUAUAUAGUGAUUUUUUUCUUACAUGGACCUAUUAUUGAUGUUGUUGGAUGAUCUCUUUCUUUGUUUUGACUCUUCCCCUAAACCGUUUUUUCAAAUUUGAUCUGUCUUUCUCACAUCAUUAAUGUCAAGAGGAGCUUUUGGCUUACUUGAGUCAAUGCCAAGACAAGUCCACAUGAGUGAACAAUCUAAUCAUCCAAGUCACCUUAGAAGAGAGAGAGAGCUUCAGAAUCUUGGUUUGUGAAGCUCAUCUUAAAAAAGAAAGGUUUACCCUUGUGAUCAGUUUUAAGAUGAUCACUCUCUCCGGUCAUACCAGGAACAGGCAAUCUGAUCUGCAGUCUUGCAGAAAAACAGCAUCAAAGAUGAA